UAGAGCAGAAGCAACUGAAAGAAAACAUUUACAGGGUUUCUUUUUUUCUCUCACUAAAAGUUACUUUUAUUCAAUUAUUUAUUUGCUUUUACUGGAGUUCUUAGCCUUUAUUUGUUUGACUUCACAUGUGAUUUUCUUUUUUAUUUAUUGAAAUAUGGACUAUUAUUUUUCUCUAGCACUGCCUUAGAACUUUGUACAGAGAAGAGAGGUUUAUAAAUCUGAGCACUGACUUGUUGAGUAUAACAGGCGUGUUUGUAGCCUGUGCAGUUUUGUUUUGCAAGUGAGGAAUCCCCCACUCUUUUCAGGCACACAAGACAGUGCUUACUAACAUAGCUGGGAAGGGGGAUAAUAAGAUAUUAGUUGAUGCAAUAGUUUGCUGAAAGUUCAUCAGAGUUUAUAAAGGGAGGAGGUGUGUGUGUCCCAGGUUACCCCACACAAAUUAGUGUUAAUUACUGUGUUUCUGUAGAAUGAUUUAGUUAGUUACCACCUAAAGGUAGUUAUUGAAAUUUUAACAUGCAGUAAGUUUUCAACUGAAGAAACUUUUAGCUUUACACUAAAAAAACUUUAGCUUUACACUGUGUACCUGACAGUGCUUCCAAGUUUGUGUACAUUAGUGACACUAAAGAGUGCGAGUCUUCUACUUGUGCACUUGCUGCCAUGGUCUGCAGGUUGUACGUGCUGUGUACAGUGGCAUUAGGCUUGUGGUGCCAACUGGCCCUGGCUGUGGGUCCAGUGGUCCGGUGUGAAACGUGUGACACCAAAGCUAUGGAGCAAUGCAAACCCCUGCCUUCAGAUUGUCCUGAACAAGUACGGGAACCACUCUGUGGUUGUUGUAUGACUUGUGCCCUGCCGCAGGGCAGCCAAUGUGGGGUGUACAGUGAAAAGUGCGGCUCUGGACUUAGUUGUCAAGCAAGACCUGGCGAGCUCAAGCCCCUGCAGACAUUACUGGAGGGCAGGGGAGUCUGCACCAAUGUGACAGCCAGCAAGCUGAAAAACGUACUACAAGGACAAGAGGCUGCAGGGAAUUCCAGCGAUUCUGAUGAAGACAAGGCUCCUAGCAGCAACGAGAACCUGGCGCUAUCGAAUACCCAAAGAGUAUCCUAUCAUAAUCCACACACCAAAAUAGAAAUUAUAGAGAAGGAAAAAUCCAAAAACAGUCAGCGCUAUAAAAUAGACUAUGAUCCGCAAAGCAUGGAUACUUUAAAUUUUUCUUCGGAAUACAAACAGGAGACAGAGUAUGGUCCAUGUCGUAGAGAGAUGGAAAGCAUAUUAAAUCACUUAAAGAUUAUGAAUGUCUUGAGUCCAAGAGGAUUUCAUAUUCCAAACUGUGACAAAAAAGGAUUUUACAAGAAAAAACAAUGUCGCCCUUCCAAAGGCAGGAAAAGAGGAAACUGCUGGUGCGUAGACAAAUAUGGACAACCUCUGCCUGGAUAUGAUGGGAAAAGCAAAGGCGAUGUUCACUGUUAUAACUUGGAAGGCCAAUGAUCAAUGCAAACUCUUGCCUACAGACUCUGUGAACAUUUAAAUAAUCAAAGACAUAAUAAGGAUGUAAAAAAAGACACGAACCGCACUUGACUGGGGCUACUUAAUGCUCCACUUUUUUACCAAUAUUGGAAACAUACUUAGACUCUGGACACUGCAGCUGAAAACUGCCACUGAAUGUUCCAGAUUUCUGGAGCUCAGAAUUUCCAAAAUAAUCUGCACUAAAAAGAGUGAUCUAGAGGGGAAUAAAAAGCACUUCAGAAUGGAUGCAGGGUGUCUCCACUGAUCUUUAUAUUCAAGAAAGGGGCCUGUGACCAACUUCAUCCCGCAAGAUGCUGUCUCUUCUGAAAUAGAUGUAUAGGUUGUGUGAGUGUACGGAUAAAAUCAAAACAACUUUAUGGUUAAGUUUCAUUUUCUGCAGGUCUGCCGGGAAGAUUAUUUUCACGGGUAAAAUGUUAUAUAUAUAAAAAAGCUCAAAGAACUUUAAAAACUUGUUUCUAAAACAAAGACGGCUAUUUUUCUGUAAGAAUAUAUUAUGAACUUUCUGUUAGUCUGUAUUUAAUAUAAAUAUGUUUUUUAAUAAACUAUUUAAAUGUAA